ACACGGAGGGGGAUUUUCUAGGAUUCGUCUUCGGAUCGGUCGAGAUGGGCCAUCGAUGGACGAUUAUAAACGAACUGCUGGUCCUUCAGACCGAGUUACUCGACGACCUUCCACUUGACGUCAUCUCGCACUCCGACAAAAGUUCCGUACCACACAUCCUCUCGCGCCGCCUGGUACCAUAUCUGCAAUGGUCGGCAUGCCUAGACGGCGAUGGUGACAAUGCGUGUUACCCAUCGCACAACUACCUGGAUCCCGGGACGAUUACAGACGCUCUCUUCAACCUGGUGAGCGGAGGAGAGGAGGAGGAAGAAGAGGACGAGGAAGAGGAGGAAAGCGAGGAAGAGACCUCCGAAGAGGACGAGGAUUAUAGUGAGCAUAGUGAGCAUGAGACGGGGGUGGUGAGCGAAGAAGAAGAAGACGAAGAAGAAGAAGUAGAAGAGCGGGAGGAGGCCGAAGAAGAAGCGGCCGGAGAAGAAGAAGCGGCCGGAGAGGAAGAAGCGGAGCAAGUGGAGGCCCAGGAGGAGGAUCCGGAGGCAGAGCGGCGCAGGGCGGCCAUCGCGGAAGGAAAGCGGCCAUUGGAGCUGUUGGUGGGAGUUGAUCUGCCUGUUCCGGACGACCCGGCUAAAGAUCCCGAGCCGCCAGCCAAGGAAGAUGAGCACCCUCAUGCAGAGACUUCUGGCACGGCGACGCACAGGCGAUCCCGCUCCCCCUCCCCUUCCCCCCGUCCCUCAGUUCGAGCUCGUGGCAAUGCGGGACAUCAGGCUACGUCCCUGUUCCUUAUCCCGCCAUCCCCUUGAUUACAUCACCUUCCGACAGAUC